UUCUUUGAUUUUCUUCCUUCCGUCUAAUCUAGUUUCAAGAUGGCAGACAGUUUUAGGGAUAGUUUGCUAGACGUUGAAGUUGUGCAAGAAUUACACCCAGAUCGGUUGUCAGCUGUUUUAAGUGGUUAUAAAAUUAAUAAAAGUGGUAGUAAUGGUUAUGACGACAAUGAUAUUGGACCCUCAACGUCACAGGAAGAAAAUGGGAGAAGUUAGAGACUUAGAAGAAAGAAGACGGUGUCAUUUAAAGUGAAAAGUAGUUUAAUUUAGCAGCAAUGGAAGGCUGUUCAUCUGGCCCACAAGUGCAGGGAACCAGCAGGCGGUUCAGAGGUCUCAAAAUCAAUUCCAAAAAGGUCGGUGGCCUUAAUAGACAAGAAGUACUUCCUCACUUGAAAGACGACCUUAGCACUGCGGCGGGCUGUACCAGGCGCACUGCAAAACGGGUUCGUGGCUAUUUGAGGCGACAGAUACUUCAACGCUUGAGGAGGUGCGUCAGGACUACUGCAGACCGAACCAGAAACGCUGCAAAAUGGAUUUUUCACUUCUUUACCUGCGCACCACUUUUGGCUAACAGCGAGCAACAAACAGUGGCACGAAGAAUUGGAAACAUUGAGGCUCAGGUUUUGCGUUGUCCUGCUUGGAUGCUCAACAAUUCAAUUCCAAACUUCCAACGAAGGAUCUUUCUGUGGAAGUCAGUGAGAAAUGUGGACACAGGGGCGACCGAGGAUGAGGAACAAGCUGUUGUGCCUGGGAGGACACAUUUCGGUUUUCUGAGCCUGUUAUCGAGAAUCUACGAACUAGGGAAACCAAAGCCUCUACAGCUGACAGGAAUAUAAAGGACAUACGACAACCUUUGGCUUGAAUCAUGUGUUUUGAAUCAUGGCUUGCAAAAUCUUCCACCACAAGUGAAAUAAGAAAGGCAGAUAAAAAUGGUGCUGGCAUGGAGAAUCUCUCAGAAGGGACUAGAAUGGCUUCAGAUGCAGUACC